AGUUAACACAAAGCUGAAGGCACGCCCACACACGCCCGCACACGCACACACACGCAGACACACACACUAGGUGGGAGUAGAGAGAAGGACAUCGAAGCCUGAAGGAUUAACAGCAUCUGAGCAGCUGAAAGGUUUCUUUAAACCGCCCCUCAGACCUUUCUGGUUCAGUGACCUCCUGGUUCUCCUUAUGGCCUCUGCUGCUGCUUCACCCAGAGGGACCUGUCUGCUGGAGAAGCAGUUAACAUGCUCCAUCUGCAUGGACGUGUUUGUGGACCCCGUCACUACAGCUUGUGGCCACACCUUCUGUAAGAAGUGCCUGGACUUCAACUGUAAGUACAGAAACAGCGAGUGCCCCCUGUGCAGAACUUUUCUGAUGAACACAGGAGCUGUGAACAUCGUCCUCAGAGAAAUCAUCCAGCAGCGUCAGUCGGAAGAGUCUGAGAAGAACAAGAAAAGUAUCUUCACGGGGCAGGACGGAGGAGUGGCCUGUGACAUCUGCACAGAUCAAAAGCUCCAGGCCGAGAAGUCCUGCCUGGUGUGUCUGGCCUCGUACUGCUCCACCCACCUGCAGAACCAUGCUUCAACCCAGAGGCUGAAGGGUCACAAGCUGGUGGCCCCGGUGAAGAACCUGGACGACAGGGCCUGUCUGAAGCACGGACGCCCCCUGGAGCUGUACAGCAAGAAGCAGCAGAGAUGCAUCUGCGUCCGCUGUCUGGAGGAAGGUCCACAGGAGGUGGUCUCCACCGAGGACGAGUGGGAGAAGAAGAAGGUUGAACUUGAAAACGCAAAAACAGAACUGGAGGCCAAGAUUCAGAAGAGAGAAACACAACUGGUCGAGCUCAGUCAAUCUGUGAAGAGCUGCCAGGACCAGCUGGAGAACGAGUGGUGGGACAUUGAGGCCGUGUUCGCCGCCGUGCUCUCCAUCGUGGAGGAGGCCCGGGAAGAGGCUCUUCAGCCGCUGAAGGACAGGAGGGAGGUCGUGGAGAAGGAGGCAGAGGACCUCCAACAGGAUCUGGAAGAGGAGAUCAGCCGCUUCCAGACGACCAUCUCUGAGCUGGAGGACAUCAGUACACUGGAGGAUCACAUCCACUUCCUGCAGAACUACCCAUCUCUUCAGAACCUGGACGACAUCAAGGACUGGGCCGAGGUCCAGUUGGACACGUCCCUGUUCUUUGGGACGAUGAGAAAAACCACAGCUAUUAUGAAAGAAAAAGUCCAACAGGAGCUGGAGAAGCUGACGUCCAUCGAACUCAAGAGAAUUCCAAAGUUCACAGUGGACGUGAAGCUGGAUCCAGCCACCGCGCACCAGUGCCUCGUUCUGUCUGAGGACGGAAAGGAAGUGAAGGACGGACAGGAGGACGCGGGAGUGGACGACGCCUCGGAGAGGUUUGACAUGUUCGGCAGCGUCCUGGGGCUCAACGGCUUCACCUCUGGGAGGUCAUACUGGGAGGUGGAGGUCGGCAACAAGCCCGGGUGGGACCUGGGCGUGGCCAGAGGGGACGCAAACCGCAAGGGGAAGCUCACGUUGAACCCAGACAACGGCUACUGGGCGACCGUCCACUACGAGGACGACCAGUACGCGGCUCUGACAGCCCCCCCGCUGCUCCUCCCUCUGCUCCUCAAGCCGGAGACGGUGGGGGUGUUUGUGGACUACGAGGAAGACAUUGUGUCUUUCUACAACAUCACGGCUCGGUCUCACAUUUACUCUUUCACCGGGUGCUUGUUCAGCGGGGGGGAGCUUUACCCGUAUUUCAGUCCACACCGAAAACAAGACGAUGGAAGCGCUGAUCCGCUGAUUAUCUCCUCCGUGAAACAACGUGAACAGAUCAUGGUUGUGUCCACACUGAACACGUUCGACAUGAGCUUCCAGGUUUGUGUGUGUGGUUGGUCCAAAGUGACGAGUUACCACGGCCUGAGGACCCACCAGGGGAAGAUGGGAUGCACCCAGAGGGGAGUGAGGAUCCCAGAGAGGAACACAAUGACCUUCAUGCCUCAAAUUACCUUCAAGGAAAGUCCAAUCUAUCUGAACGAGCCUGAGAGGAACAUCUUCACCUGGUCUGCCGGUUCAGAUGAGAGCCUCCAGGUCUGUGGGUGUGGUUGGUCCAAAGUGACGACCUAUCAGGGCCUGAGGAUCCACCAGGGGAAGAUGGGAUGCACAGAGAAGGGAGUGAGGAUCCCAGAGAGGAAGAGUUACCCUCCUCUGAUUCCCUUCACGGGACGUCCAAUCCAGCUGACCGAGCCUGUGAUGACUUCUAUAGAGUCUUACGACUCAGACGAGUACCCUCUGUUUUGUGAGUGUGGUUGGAUGGAGAUGACCUAUCAGGGCCUGAGGAUCCACCAGGGGAAGAAGGGAUGCAUGCAGAAUGGAGUGAGGGUCCCAGAGCGGAGGAGUUACCCUCGUCAAACCCCCCCCACGGGAGGUCCAAUCCAGCUGAGCGAGCCUGAUAACUUUAUUCCUCCUCCCAUCGACCAUUCACCGCAGACACUCAACGGCCACAUUCAUCCAGCAGCUGCCGUCAUCACCGCGGCCGAGACAAGAGAACCAUUUUUCCAGACUCCUGAGCCCCCCCCACGUCAUCAAACCACCACCAACACGUACCGACCUCGUCGAGCGCUCGAGUUCUCCACCGGCGCCGAGCAGGUGGAGGCUCAGAUGUUUGACCUGUUGAAACGUCACGCUGGGGAGCUACUGCAGCUUCAUCCUGUGAAUCAGAUCACGACGCCUCCAAUGACCGCCGUCCCUCCAAGAGAGGAGGAAGAGGAGAAACAGAGGAAGGUGGAAAAACUGCGCAUGAAGGCAAAGCAAGACAACAAGAGGGCGGAGCUACAGCAGAAAAUUCAAAUGACAGAACUCAAGAUGGCAGAAGUGGAAUUAUCUGUGAAAGGCUUGACGGUUAGCUUGGACACCGAGUGGCUGGAGAUCAACAACGUCUUCUCCAAGAUGAUGAAAGUCGUGCAGGACGCUCGGCAAAGAUCUCUGCAGCCUGUGGAGGAGAGGAGAGAAAAGGUAAAGAGAGAAGGAAAUGAUCUGCUUCAGGGGCUGAAAAGAGAAACUGUCAAACUCCAGAACUCCAUCGCUGAGUUGGACGGAAACCCAGACCUUCAGAUCUCUCCUGAUGAACCCACGGAUUGGAACAACACAAGUGUUGAUACCUCGUUCUCCUUCGGUUCCUUGAGAACCACAACGUCAGCCAUGAUGGAACAAAUUCAGCUGCACCUAGAAGAGCUCUCCUCUGUUGAACUCAAGAGAUUCCCCACAUUUGCAGUGGAUGUGAAGCUGGACCCAGCUACAGCCCAUCACUGCCUCUCUCUCUCUGACGAUGGGAAGGAGGUGCAGGACGGAGGAAAGUACCAGGAAGUCCACGACACUCCGGAGAGGUUUGACAUGUUCGGCAGCAUCCUGGGACUCAACGGUUUGUCCUCUGGGAGGUCAUACUGGGAGGUGGAGGUCGGCAAGAAGACCGGGUGGGACCUGGGCGUGGCCAGAGGGGACGCAAACCGCAAGGGGAAGCUCUCGUUGAACCCAGACAACGGCUACUGGGCGACCGUCCACUGCGAGGACGACCAGUACGCAGCCCUGACAGAUCCACGCGUCCGCCUGUCCCUGAGAGACAAACCUCAGAAGGUGGGGGUGUUCGUGGACUACGAGGAGGGUCUCGUGUCCUUCUACGACACGACGGCUCGGUCUCACAUUCACUCGUUCACUGAGUGUUUGUUCGGUGGAGAGAUCUUCCCGUACUUCAGUCCACAUCUCCAAGAAGAUGGUCAAAACGCAGCUCCUCUGAUCAUCUCUCCUGUAGAGAGACAGUAAAUGAAGCUUGUGUCCGUUACAGUGGCUGAAAAUUACAAUAUAUUAUAUUAUGACAUUAUCAGAGAUGCAGAUAAAGAUGGACGACGCGACUCCACUUCCUACUGUUAAAAAUAUGAAGGCAAAAUACACAGGAUUCGGGUGAUGCCUAUAAAUAUCCCCGUUGUAGGGAUAAUAAAGAAUCUUAUUUUAUUAUCUUAUCUUAUCUUAUCUUGUGCUUUCGCCAUCGUUUGGAGCCGGAGUCGUUUUAUUUAACAGGUACUUUGACUUUUUGGUUUGGUCCAUGUCCCAUCCAUUAACAUGGAUCUAUGCCCUAUACACUGCAAGCCACCUGGGGGCGCUCCAGAGGAUAUAGCCCUAAGUGAGCUGACAUGUGUAAUAUGUAGGUGCAUGUGUGUACUCAAUUCUAUUUCUUCCAUAAAUAAAUAAAUAAAUAUAUAUUCCUAAGAUGUCGUUGUGUGUUGGUUGUGGUUUAAUGUAAACUGUAUUUCAUAAAUCAUGUUACAGGAAGAGGGUUUAUAUGACGAGAGCUUUUUUCUAUGUCUUUUAUUUUUGUGGUGUUGGUAUAAAACAAAUAAAACUUUAUAACCUGA